AUGUUCCCAUCUGCUACAAAUAUCAGGUUGGAGGAGCAGUCCAAGGAUACUACUCCUAAGUCAGAUAGUUGGCUUCAGAGCUCUUCCUAUAGACCGCAAAAUCUCAAUGCUCCUCAGCUUCAAAAUGUUCACAAGGAAGAUGAAAAACACAGACUUAAAAAACAUCAAAAGAGGUCUCGCAGUCCUCAGGCGGUGAUGCGAGAAAAACAGGAAACCUCAGCACCUGAAAUCUAUCGCAUUGAUACUAGCAGUAAUCCACACAUCUACAACUACGGGUGUAUCUACGAGGGUGAUGUGCCGGAAUUCUGUCGAAGUUUGCACACACCGAUCCUCGGGUUUCAUGGAACCUUGUCUAAUCUGCAUCUCGAUCCUGAGGCUGUAAAAAAGGAAGUAAAACGAAAUCGUGCAAACCGCUAUUUUAGCAAGAGGAAUCGGCUUCGCAUAGCUCAAAUUGCAGCUCCGGUUUUUGGCCCCACAAAACGUACGGAUGACAACCUGACACCCUAUGUACUUCUUCAAGAUGGAGCUAUCCACUUCACGGCCAAAGUGCCAGUCCCACAUCCGUCGGAACAUCUCCAGAGUAUUGCGGAUUUGAACCGUGCAGUGUAUGACACUCCGAGUGACCUGAAAUCUUGGCUCAAGCUGAUUCAAAUGCAAGUGCUAAAAGAAGAAACGGAGGAAGAUAGUCAAGAACCCUCUAAACGUCGUUGCUUUCUUAUCCUGGAACGACAGCUGGCCGUAGUGGGGCGUGCAGUGGAAAAAAAUCCGGGCAAUCUGCGUUUGCGGUUGUUAUUGACGGCGAUGUAUGAGUACUCCACGGAGCUAAUUGCAAGCGGUGUCUGUCGCACCACUACUUCCUCAUCGACUGUGCUCGAAUCCCUCCAGCACAGGGAUAAAGUCUUGCGUGAAUGGUAUGAUCUCGUCCGCGUGUGCCCACAAUUCGUGAGUGUUUGGCGCGGAUACCUGGCGCAUCUGCGUGGUCGCUUUGCCCUCUUCGGUGCCAACUCGGAGGCCGGUCCAACUAGCGCCUUCAAGCGCAUCGACGCGCUUUACAGGCGGGCUCUCGAGACUCUCUCAGGCCUCGUUGUUGGACGCAUACUUUCGCAUCGACCUACGGAGGAUACGGCAGAUCAGACUGUUGGUAAGGUUUCUAUAGUCACCGCGCAUAAACUAAUCCGGUGGUAUUUCCUCACAGAUCUACUCGCAGAGUACUGUCAGUGGUUAACACAGACGGGCUUCACGGAGCGUGCUUUUUCCAUAUGGCAGGCGGUUGUCGAGUUCGUAUGUUUUUGUCCCUCUUAUCUCCAAUCGAGAGAUCUUGCUUCCUCGGCUGAACGGCGGAGUGAAUUUCAGCGCUUUUGGACGGCGGGGGAUCGUGGAGUGGCUUUCGGUGUCCCCGGUGCCAGGGGCUGGGCUGCCUGGCAUUCCGGCAGGAGGCAAAUGAAAGAAAAUCCUGCCGAAGGCACUGCAGCCUCCGAUGGCCUUUUGAUGAGGGAAUUGGAGGAGGAUUGGGGCCCCUCUUCAUCGACUGUCGGUGUUUUGUGGAAUCGACUAGUCAAGGAUUGGAAUGAUGUCAGUGAGGCUGCAGAGGAUGCCCUCUUAAAUUUCUGUAGUCUUUCUUGCAACGAUACCAACGCAACUGUGACCAACACUACUACGUUAAAAACCUGUCAGUUGGGUGAGGGUAGUCUUAGCAGUCGACGCUCCCGUGGUCUUGCUUGGCUCGGCCUUGAGCGUGCACGCGAAUCUGUAGGUUGGCUGCCAGCGGAUACAACUAUGUACGAUACCUCAAUCGUCGAGGACGCUGACAGACAGCCCCGGUUUGAAGACAUCGAGCCCUUUCUGCUAGAGGUUCACUUAGACCCAAGAGUGUCGGACAAAAAUGUGUUUGAACGCCGCAAACAACGUCUCCUUCUUCUCUUUCUCGAGUUUUUGGGUAUUUGGGAUGCUGAUGUGUCCAGAGAGUACAAACUACCUGCUGAACUGCAACAAAUCUACGAACUGUCAUCAGUCAGUUGUAUAAAGCGACAGAGCAUUAGUCCACGUCAGUUCGGUAUUCCGUGGCUUCGUUCCAGCCUUGAAGCAGGUAGUGGAGGCUCGGAUAUCAGCUUUAGAAUGCGUUCAGUUCUGGCAGCGUCAUCCUUGGAGCAGGCAUCACGCCUUUUUUCCAGCAAUUCCGCUUGGCAGUCAACAAUUGGACGCUUACGAUUCCGUCAUAUGACUGAUUCCAUCGAACGGGGACUGGCAGAUAAACUCGUCACUCCAAAGGAAGCGUUGGCACUCUGGAGAAAGAAGGCGAAAAACCUGCUUUCUGUUUCAAGCCAGGCUCAGAGUGACUUAAGCCUCUGGCUAGCCUAUGCCAAAGGCCUUGUUCAGACGGCCUGUGCACUGUCGGAGAACAAUUCCCCUCUCUUCAACGAAGCCCGUAAAGUCUUCACGACAACUUUGCGCAUGUAUCCUCUUCCAACCGUUUCAAUUACGACCGCAGAAACCACCUUGGACGAACAACUGAAUGUCAUUCUGCCGCGUCUAAGGAUCCUCCAUGCCUUUGUGGAGUUUGAAUUGGGCGUGAAUUUCCCCCUUGACCUGGCGCGGGCUCUCUCACGUAGCGAGUGUUUUGCACGUGCUCUACAUCUUAUACAACACGCAGCCAUAGGCGGUACUUUCGCUCCACUGACGGAAGGCCAACCGACACCGCUGCCACGUAGCACUCUUGUCAAUACCGCUGACCAACUAGUUCAGCGCCUCGAGACGUUACGCCGCCUCCUUCCCCUAACCACAGAUAAAAUCUCCUCCUCGUCCACCUCUUGCGUUCACUCAGUUGCUGAUUUAGCUGCCAUUAUGAGUUCUCUGCUUCUGUAUUUGCAGUUGCUUACCUCUGGCGAGGAUAAGCUUUGGUCAGCUGUUGGUAGAAAUGCCACAAAUGGAUUUUCAUGCUGCCAAGGUGGUGACCGAGACCUAAAGACACCCAAACAAGCAUCUUUCUGUCACAGUCACAGAGGAGCCAAGGCGAAUCCGUUGUCACACUGUUGGAUCCAGGGUGCAGUGCCACGAAUUCGGAGAGCCUUUGAAAAGGCACUGGGGGCGUCGUCGUCAUCUUCCAGCCCAAUGUUGCGUUUUGGUGGAACCAGUGGAGAAAUGCCGAGUCUGGCGCUCACUAUGACACCCUCUUUCUGGACCGACCACCUGCGUAUUGUUUUAUGGUCUGCCUACAUGGCCUUUGAGUGGACCCUUGCUGGCGUCUCCGCGUCUUCCGCUUCUGCCCCUUCUGCCAGUGACUUUGAUGCGCACCGCAAACAGCGCGCUGCUUUCAAGGCCAUUUUCUAUCGUGCUGUUGAGGACCUCCCCUGGGCUAAGGUGUUAUACACGGACUUGGCUCGCUACUGCCCAGAGGACGCUGAAGAGGUUGUUGAUCUUUUGACCUCUAAGGAGUUGCGAUUGCGCACAUUCAUGGAGGAGGUCGAUUUGCUCCUCACCUCGAAGCUCCCCUAA